GAUGGUCCCUUCUGACAAACCAGAACAUCCCCGCGUCAGACUCGCCAUCGCGAAACGAGAACAUCGCAUCUCGCAUCGACAACCCUUCUUUCGAUCCACCUCCAGGAGGACAUUUUCCAUUUUCCAUUUCCAAGAAGGCCGGUGAUAUAAAGGCGACCUCCAGACCUGCAACCCUCCUCCCAGGCUCACACGAUGGAAUCCCCCGCCGCACACUUUCUCCCUCCCUCCCUCCCAUUACCGAAAGAAAUACGACACCCCGUUAGCAGACGAGCAUAGCAGUCAGAUACCACCAGCAGGCAACAAUGUCCGACUUCCCCCGUGAAUCGUCACCGGCCCUACCCCUCGGCUCCAGGAUCGUCAUCACCGGCGCCAACGGCUUCAUCGCGAGCCACAUCGCCGACCAGCUCCUCGCCCGCGGCUACCUCGUCCGCGGCACCGUCCGCGACCCCAGCAAGACCCGCUGGCUCGCCGACCACUUCGACAAGACCUACGGCGCCGGGAGCUUCACCCUCCACAAGAUCGCCGAGAUCACUCAGGACGGCGCGUUUGACGACGUCGUCGAUGGUGCCGACGGUAUAAUCCACACCCUCGCCAUCACUUCCCUCUCCCCGGACCCCACGCACUCCGUCCCCCAGAACGUGUCCGCGACCCUCUCCGUCCUCCGCUCCGCCGCCCGCUCCCCCACCAUCAGACGCUUCGUCUACACCUCCUCCUCCGGCGCCGCCGCCAUGCCCAGGCCCGGCGUGCCCUAUACCGUCGACCCCGGCACAUACAAUCACCAGGCCGUCGAGAUCGCGUAUUCCAGAAAGGGCCCCGGCGGCAUGGCCGGCGGCUACAUCGCCUACUCGGCCGCAAAGACCAAGGCUGAGUUGGAGCUCUGGAGGUGGUAUCGCGAGGAGAAGCCCGGGUUUGUGUUGAAUUCAAUCGUCCCCAACGCCGCCUUAGGCAAGGUCCUCCUCCCAGGACACCAAGGCUUCCCAACCGUCGUCGGCGUCCUGAAGAACCUCUGGGACGGGAAGUUGACGCCCGAGUUCGCCGCCAUGUUUCCGGCUCAAUGGUUCUGCGACGUCGUCGACAUUGCCAGAAUCCACAUCGCAGCCCUCCUUUUCCCUGAUGUCCAGUCCGAGCGUCUCAUCGCCUACGCCGAUCGUUUCAACAUCAACGACCUUCUCGCCGUCUUCCGCGAGGUGCAGCCUGACCGGAGCUUCCCUGACGACCUGCCCGACCUCGCCUCAGACAAGGGCAUUGUUGCCAACGAGAGGGCCACCGAGCUGAUGAGGCGUCUGCAGGGCGGCAAGGGCUGGACAAGCCUGCGAGAUUGCAUCGGGCCACUGGCUGGGCAGUAUACUGCCGCAGAAGCUGGCUCCAAGUAAUGUUUGGAUCAAGCAUAUAAGACCAGACACACACACACACGUUCGAGGCUUCACUCACGGUCCUGUGCCCUGUGCUCAAAAUGACUCAAUUGUUGCGCGGGUGCUGGUGUACUCCUCGCCUGGCCGUCCUAUGGGCCCAACUGUAUGUCUAUCUACAUGUAACGCUCCAGCCACCGCGGUAUCAAAGCUGGAAAGCAUCAUGUCAUCAAGUGAAAUUGGUAUCUGAGGAAAAUUUACAUCACGAUGCAGUCCGAAUCAUCCUUGCCCUUGGGAAUACCCAUCUCCUCGAACGUCGAAGGUCCUUGGCCUGCCGCUUGUUUCUUCGGAGGAGGCACCGUUUGGGCGCUGGGAGCAGGGCUAGGCUUCUGCUGUGGUCGCGGCUGCGAUGACGGCGGCGCACUGCCUGUGCGACCAGGCUGCUCCGCAAGGUCUGGCCGGUUUGGAAAAGGCCUAGGCGCACCAGCCGGCCCGGUACCAGCUUGGGGAGGACGCGACUGGCCAGAAGGGCUAAGCGGCAUCGAGUCGAUGCGCUGAGGUGCCGCUCCACCGCCUCUGCCGUACCCUCCGUGCUGCUCGGGCGGGAUAGAUGAUGUCCUCGGGCCAAAACCUCCAGGCUGCGACGGCAGCGGUGCAGGCUGGCCGUAAUCGCCCGGUCCGUAGUUCCCUUGCUGGAAUGGCGGUGAGGGUUGAGGGUUAGCGUACGGGUUCUGCUUGGUAAGCCUAUUUGUGGCAGGGUUGGGGGGAAGGCCGCCUGAUAUGGGGUAUGGCUGUGUCGUGGACGGCCGGGCUGCGGGUCCUGGGCUGGGCUGGCGAUAUCCGGAAGGCGGUCCGACUGGCACACGAGCGCGCGGGUCUGAGCCGGCGGGGGGAAUCAUGUUGCCCAUCGACUGCGAAGCACGAACGUUGCCUGGGGGCCCCGGAGGGCCGCCAGGCCCGGUACGGAUCCCAAAAGCGCUUCCGGGUCGAUCCGAGUGGGGGCCGGCGGGAGGGCGGCCGCCAGUGUUGUAGUGGGGAGACAACUGAGGUCCAGGGCCCCGACCAUGGAGGUCGUCAUCAGGGUAAGGGGCCGUCGACUUCGGUCUGUUGAGGUUAAGCGGCGCGGGCCGGUCGUCUUCGGGGUAAGGAGCGGCCGACUUGGGGCGGAUUGCCAAGUUGGAAUCAAGGUUGACAGUGAACGCGGAUGGCCUGUUGCCCAUACUAUUGGGCCGGGCUGGGUCGGGAUAGUCAACGUGGUCUUGCCCGGGUGAGGGGUGUACUCUCGGAGACGGGUGAGGUGACGUUCUGGCCGAACCACCCGGAUACCCGGGGUGUGCGUCGGUGGGAGUGACCGGCGCGCUCUCCGAAACAGUGGCCAUAGUGGUUGGCUGCGCCUUGAAGCGGUCGGGUCGCCUGCCACGCUGGGACCCAUGCUGCGACUUGAUUCUCGUGAGUGUUGUAGUCUCGUGGUCGGCCUUGGUUAGGCUCUUCUCGUGAUCCAAAGCAUCAAGUCGGCCUCUGGCAUCCUUGUUGCCGUGGUCAGCGGCAGCCUCGUACCAGAACCGGGCUUGACGCAAGUCCUUAGGUACGUAUACGCCAAUCUCGUAGUAGUAGCCCAUGGCGAACUCGCCCGUUGGCAACUUUGCGUUGGCUGCAUCCUGAGCGUACUUGAACGCAAGCUGCUCGUUCUUGUUGAAAAUACCCUCGUAUCCGAACAGAAACCAUCGACUGACACCAAGCGAUGCCUCGGGCUGGCCUUGCUGGGCGGCGAGGCCGUAGUAGUGGAGCGAGUAAGCAGGGUUGAAGUCGCACCCAAGCUGGCAGAGCUCGUAAGCCUGGCCAAUCUUCAACUGGGCCUUGGCAAAUCCGAGGUAGGCAGCCUUCUCAAUGUACAUCUUGGCCAGCGUCAAGUCGGCGGGCAGUAGUGCUUCGGGGACGUCAAUGUCGGGAAGGUCCUUGGCAAGGAGCAUUCCGUAAACAUAGGAGCCCUGGGGCGCGUCCUCGUCCGAAAGGUCUGCGGCUUCCCUGAUAAGGUCCAAACCACGCUGGUAGUCUUUCGGAUGGCCGUGUUGACCGAGGAGAUUCAUCAUACCCAGGCGGUACAUAGCCGCCGAGUCCUUGAGUCGCACGCCAAGGUAGUAAUGCUCAACAGCCUUGUUGUAAUCGUUCGAGUUCUCAAAGAGCAUGCCCAGGCGGUACUCAGCACGCGCGUAACCGAGCUCAGCGGCGCGCUGGUACUUUGUGUACGCAUCUCGCUUGUCUGGCCGGCAACCAAACUUGCCAAACUCGAGCCACUUUGCCUUCAUAAAGAGUGCCUCGGGAUGUUCUUGGCCCACGAGGUAGUUGACGAUGUUGAUGGCGUCGGCGCGCAACUCGUGCUCGACCUUUGGUGUCUGGCGGCCGCUGUCAGGGUCUCUGGCUCUUGCCUCCAUGACGAUCUCGGCCCAGGCCAAGGUGUCGCGGGCCCACGACAGCUGCAUGGAGACGUUGUUAGAGUGCAGGACAUGUUCGCGGGCGUUCCACAGGAUCUCCUCCUUUUCCUCGUCGGUCGGGGGUAUGUUGUCGCCCUUGACUUUGGGGAAGGGAGAGAACGAGGGCGCCGCGCUGGGCCGCAUCUUGUGGUGAUUGCCGCUCGCGCUGUUCUCGUGGAAGGCUGUGUAGGAGUCGGAUGAGGGUGCACCGGUUGGCGGGUCAGCGUGUCCUUUCGGUGGCAAAGUCGGCGCGCCAGGGACGGGGGGCUUGAGGACCGAGGAUAGCGACGGCUCUCGGCCGUGGCGGUUGGUGAUGCUGGACGAGGUUCGGUUCGGAUCGACUUCGCGGGCUUCAAGUUCCAUACGCUGAAGGUCGUUUUGCAUGUUCUGGGGGACUUGGGGCGUCACACUGGACAAAACGCGCAGUCAGCAAAAGCUGUCCCGGCUGGGGGGGGGAAAGGACAGAACAAAGACAGGAUGGGCGCCAAAAACGGCCCCAUCUCCAGUUCCAGCGAAGGGGGAAAGGAGGGACCCAUGAAUGAUCCGCCGAGAUUAAAAUGAGGGAAUACGCGUACCGCUGAGGCGAAGGUGCAACGACCUCGGGCAUGUAAUAGUCGUCGAACCCUCCAGGAACGAACGUUGCGCCGAAUUGUGGCAUCUCGUCAGUUGUGAUUUUGGGCUGAGGUGCAGCUGCAUAAAUAGGAGGUAAUCAGUCAGCGGGGGUUGAGUUGAAUGACGUUUAGGUUGGAGCCGCCGUCGGCGUUUUUUUGGGAGUGUGCGGUGCUAGAUUAGAAUUGCUUUGCCUGUUGCUGACAGGGCGCUGGCCACCUUCUGGGGCCACUGAAAAGAGCUGCUGCUGCUGCUGCUGCUACUGCUGCUGCUCGUUGUCGGACUUGUCUGUUCGGAACAACCCAAGCAAGGAUAACGAGUCCUGUCGUGGGUGGGGAGGAUGAGGCGCAGAAAGGGGGCAAUAAAAAAAUGAAGAAGAAAUGGCACGGCUGAGGUCGGAAAGGACUUGGGGAUUUCCAGUAUUGGGCUUCGUCCUUGGCUAUUAUCCGUACUGUCUCUGCUUUCACUGGCUUUCGCUUGCUUUCAGUCUCGAAUCCGAGGUGCGAGGAGUGAGAGCGGCCGGAAGCGGGGUGGAGAGACCAGGUCGAAGCUCAGAGCAUCUGGUUCUCGACGGCGGACCCUUUCUUUUUAGCGUGCAGAAGAAGUUGCCCGUCCCCUUUUUCUUUCUUUUUCGAGGGUGCAUGAGCCGGCUAGUGAAACAUGGGAACAGCUCCAGAUGGGGUGUGCCAGGUGCCAGAGGUGCAUUUCUCUCUUUGGAACAGCAGUUGAGGGGGGAAGUCCCCCUCCCCUCUCUUCUCUCUCUCC